UUCCUGAAUGUUUGUUAUCAAAUCUUGAAACUUUUGAAUGGGUAACAUAUGAAGGAGCAGAAGAAGAGAUAGAAGUAGUAGCGUUUGUUUUUAGAAGCGCGAAGUAUUUAAAGAAGGCAGCUAUUAAUAUUCACAGUAAAACCAAUGACACUGACAAGAAACUUGAGGUGAUCAAGGAGUUGUUCUCUUCAUCGAGGGGUUCACCAGCCUGUGUGCUUGAGUUACGCUAAAGUUAGUAGUGAGAAUCAAGUAACAUCUUGUUGGUUAGUUUGCAGAUCUGACUUUUUAGACAAGAAAGUACAACUUGUUAUGUUAUUAUUUGCUACAUUUAUAGCUCAUUCAGUUUGAAACUGUUUGGUUCAGUUAUCUUCUGCGGCAAAUAAAUUGUGUUAUACGAUCCAUUAUUGGUAUAUUAUAUUUAUUGACUAUCGUUAUUUUAUCGAUAUUUUAUGAAUUGUAACUGUUUCUAACCCUAUCAGUACCACUAGAUUCUUUUUAAUCUAUGACUUAAAAAAGUGCUAGAUUUCAAAUUUAAAUUGUCUUAUGAUGGUUGAUUAUUAUUAGAGAAGAUUUUGAUAAAAAAUAUACACUUUUGAAUAAAAAAUGAAACAAAAAAUUAGUAUUCAAUACAUCUUCUGUCAAUAUAGAUAUUGAAAUAAGAUAAUUUAUAAUAUUAAUUUAAAAUUGUAUCUAAUAAAUUAAAUUUAAAAAACUAACAUUAGUAUCAAAAUUUAUUGGGUACAUAUAUUAGUCCACAUGAUGGCCCACAUCUAGUUUGAUUCUUAUAUAAAAUCUCGUCUUGUUUAGAUUUCCAGUGCUUCUCUUUCUUUAUAUUGGUUUGUUCUAUACCUAGCUAGGGUUUUGAUUUUUCACAGUGUGUCGUUGCUGAGAUUCUGAUAUCUAGUUUCGUUUUUGUAAUGUUUUCAGGAGAUCGGUAUUGUUCGGAAGCUAGAUCUUAAUUAUGGACAAGAUCAGUCAGUUGCCUGAUGAGCUGCUACUGAAAAUAUUGGCAAUGCUUCCCACCAUGAAAGAAGUUGUGGACACUAUGCUUUUGUCAAAACGAUGGCAGUUUCUUUGGAUGAUGGUUCCAAGAAUCAAAUACAAUGAUACCUAUAAGAACCCCAAGUAUGGAAGCUUUUCUCUGUUUGUAGACAGAUCUUUCUUUAGGCACGAGGCUCCAGUUAUAGAAGCUUUGCAUUUCAAACUUGGUAGUAUUUGUGGUAGUGAGGAUAUUCAAGCGUGGAUGAGAUCUGCUGAUAAACGUUGUGUGCGUGAGCUGACUAUUCAGAUUGAUACUUUUACUGAUAAAGAUUCAGUCUUACUUCCUUGGAGCUUGUAUGGUGGGGGAUGUAGAAUUCUUGUGACCUUGAAUCUAAUUAAUGCAGUUCUCGUGGAUGAUUUUACUUCACCAAUUUCUUUCCCAUCCCUCAAAACGUUGAGUCUUAAAUCCAUGAAGUAUCCAAGUGGAGAAUUUGUCAAGAAUCUGUUAUCCAAAUGUCAUGUCCUUGAAGACUUGGUUGUGGAGCAAUGUCAAGCUGACAAUGUUAACAUUUUCACUGUUAUCGUCUCUUCUCUAAAGAGUUUAGUAAUGAAGACACUAGAUAACAGAGUUGGAAACGAUACUGAAGGGUUUGUGAUAGAUGCUCCUUUUUUGGAAAACUUGGACAUUUUUCAUUCGAGUGGAUUUUGUAUCUUUGAGAAUGUUAUGUCUAAGAUUUUGGAUGCAAAUGUUGUCGUUAAUUCUUGGAAGUUAUGGAAGAAGUUGGGUUCUAUUGCUUCCUUCAAGCGUCUUUAUCUUUGCGUACCAUCCUCAAAGGAUGUUUAUCCUGCCGGUAGUGUCUUCACCAGUCUUGUACAUUUCAAGAUAUGCACAUGUGAGACAGAAUGGGUGAAUCUACUUAUGUGUGUUCUCAGGGAUUCUCCUAAUUUACGGUCUCUCAAGCUUCAACAGUGUCAUUUCCUUCGAUCUGAAAAGCCACGCCCAUGCUGGAACCCGUCCUGGAAUGAACCGAGUUCAGUUCCUGAAUGUUUUUUAUCAAGUCUUGAAACUUUUGAAUGGGUACAUUAUGAAGGAGCACAAGAAGAGAAAGAAGCAGUAGCGUUUGUUUUUAGAAGCGCAAAGUGUUUAAAGAAAGCAACUAUUAAUAUCUACAGUAAAACAAAUGACAUUCACAAGAAACUUGAGGUGAUCAAGGAGUUGUUCUCCUCAACAAGGCUUUCACCAGCCUGCCAGCUUGAGUUACGCUAAAGUUAUGAGUGAGAAUCAAGUAACAUCUUUUGGUUAGUUUCUAGAGCUGAAUCUUAGACAAGAAAGUACAACUUGUUUUGUUUUUAUUUUCUACAUUUAUAGCUCAUUCAAUUUGAACAGUUUGGUUCAGGUAUCUCCUGCGGCAAAUGAAUUGAUAAGACUUUAUACCCAUUUUUUUCUUUCACAGAAAAUCCAAUAUUAGAAUGCAUCUAGACGUUAGGUCAAAAGGUCAAAUGUUGAAGUAAGGUAAUUACAUAUGUUUCAAGUAUAUUUUGCCAAAAUUAUGCGUCACAUUACAUUCAGCAUAGUUUUGAAGAUUUUUAAUAUAAACUAAAUAAUAGGUCAAUGAUAUUUACAAAAAUAAAAUUUAAGAACUUUGGUCAAUCUUUAGCAUAUUCGUACAUAACUUAUACUCUCUCAGUCUCUCUAUAUAAUUUUAAAUGGCUUUAAACGUUUUUGCACAAAUAUUAAAAAAUAUAAAUUUUAUGUAAUUUAUCCUGGUUACAUAAAAGUAACAUUAAAUAAAAUUAAUUCGGUCAAUAAAAAAAAUAUAAUAUUUUAUAAUUGGUCACAAAUUUU